AUGUCCAUAGCUGAUUUUGAUAUAGGAAAGCCCUUAGGAAAAGGAAAAUUUGGAAACGUUUAUUUAGCCAGAGAAAAAAAUUCCAAAUUUAUAACUGCAUUAAAAGUUUUAUUUAAGUCUCAGUUGGAAAAAGCCAAAGUUGUUCAUCAACUUAAAAGAGAAGUUGAAAUUCAAUCACAUUUACGCCAUCCAAAUAUUUUAAGAUUAUAUGGAUAUUUUCACGAUGAUGCUAGAGUUUAUUUAAUAUUAGAAUAUGCUCCAAAUGGGGAGUUAUUUAAGCUAUUACAGUCACAACCUGAAAAAAGAUUAGAUGAAAAAAGAACUGCGACAUUUAUUGCUCAAAUUGCUGAUGCCCUUAAUUACUGCCAUUCGAAAAAAGUUAUUCACAGAGAUAUAAAAGCAGAAAAUUUAUUAAUUGGAGCAAAAGGUGAAAUUAAAAUUGCUGAUUUCGGUUGGGCAGUUCAUUCACCUUUGUCAAGACGUGAUACAAUUUGUGGCACUCCCGAUUAUCUUCCUCCUGAAAUGAUUUGCAAUAAAACACAUGAUCAUACAGUAGAUAUUUGGAGUGUUGGAGUUUUAUGUUAUGAAUGUUUAGUUGGAAAAACUCCAUUCGAAAAUAAUCACAUCAAAGAAACUUAUAAAAAUAUAGUUCAGGGAAAAUUUUCAUUUCCUUGUUUCGUUUCUGAAGGUGCAAGAGAUUUAAUUUGCAAGAUGCUUGUAAGAAAUCCAAGUGGACGAUUACCAUUUGAUAAAGUUAUUGAGCAUCCUUGGGUUUUAGCAAAUUCUUCUGCUGUAACUCCAUGGUUUUCAUCUAGAAGUCAUUCAUAA